AUGGUGUUGAAAGUUUUGUGUCUGGUUUCAUUGUUGUUGAGCUUAUGGCCAUGGGAUGCAGAGGCCCAACUGGCUGUGAAGCCAGGAAGAUGGAUGCUUCUUGUGGAAAAUGGUGGCGUCUCAGCCAUGCACAUGACCACCACGCGUAAAAACACCGUGGUGAUGUUCGAUAGAACAAAUUUCGGUCCAUCGCAGAUCCAGCUGGACAACGGGCGAUGCCGCGACAACCCGCAAGACACAGCCCUCACCCAUGACUGCACGGCGCAUUCCAUCGAGUACAAAAUAUCAACCAACAAGGUCAGGCCGCUUAUGAUUUUCACCGACACCUGGUGCUCAUCUGGUGCAUUUACCGCAAACGGGACGCUUGUGCAAACAGGCGGGUUUCGUGACGGGUCGCGGGACAUCCGUUACUUCGUCCCCUGCUCAGACGGUAACUGCGACUGGAACAAUUUUGAGGGGCCGAAGCUCGCCGCAGACCGAUGGUAUGCCGCCAACCAGAUCCUGCCAGACAACCGUAUUAUUGUAGUGGGAGGCACCCGGAUGUUUCACUACGAGUUCGUCCCAAAGGCUCCCGGAGAAGGAGUUUUCAAUCUGCCGUUUCUACUCCAGACCCGAACCAGCGCCCAAGUAGAAAACAAUCUCUAUCCGUUUCUCCACCUCUCGUCCGAUGGCAACCUCUUUAUCUUCGCCAACAGGGACUCCAUUCUUCUCGACUACAAAACCAAUACUGUCGUGAAGUCGUUUCCCAGAAUGCCGGGUGACGGCCCACGGAACUACCCGUCCACCGGGUCGUCCGUCAUGCUGCCGCUCUCCAGCUCAGAUGGGUUUGCCAAAGUCGAAGUUUUUAUCUGUGGUGGAUGUCCAGACAACGGUUUCGCUCAGGCCAGUGCGGGUAAUUUCACAGCCGCGCUCAGUAGCUGUGGACGGAUGGUCAUUACGGACCCGAAUCCUUCGUGGAGUAUGGAAGACAUGCCCGGGCCAAGAACCAUGUCGGACAUGCUCAUUCUCCCCAACGGCGAAAUAAUCAUCAUCAAUGGAGCGGUCAAGGGCGUAGCAGGUUGGGACAUGGCGACCGACCCCGUCUUGACACCUUAUCUCUACCGACCUGCUGCACCGGUCGGACAGCGCUUCUUCACCCUGGCGGCCACGACUAUCCCGAGAAUGUACCAUUCUACUGGUAACCUGAUGCCUGAUGGGAGAGUCAUUGUCGGUGGCUCCAAUCCGCAUGGAGGCUACGUUCUCACGGGGACUAACUUUCCCACGGAGCUCCGGCUGGAGGCGUACAGUCCUUAUUACUUGGAUAAGGUCUAUACGGACUCCUUCGGGCCCAAGAUAUUGUCCUUGUCCUCGUCUUCGAUCUCCUUUGCUACAACUUUCAGGGUUGUUUUCUCUGUUCCCAGUUCUGUUACCAGCGCAAUACAGUUCAAUGCCUACGCCCCGUCGUUUACGACACACACGAAUUCGAUGAACCAGAGGCUACUUGGACUCGCCGCUGGAACACCGAGGGUCGUUUCAAAUGCAAGAGGGAAAGUCGUUUAUUCUUCUUCUGUGACAGCCCCGCCGGGAGCUGUGGCUGCACCGCCGGGAUAUUAUAUGCUGUUUGUGGUAAAUAACGGGGUUCCCAGCACCGCCAAAUGGAUUCGCUUCUCAUAG